AUGCACCAACACUUCUCUACACAGCCAGAAACCUUCACACUCAAAAUUCCAACACUCCUCUACACAGCCAGACACCUUCACACUCAGAAUCCCAACACUCCUCUACACAGCCAGACACCUUCACACUCAGAAUCCCAACACUCCUCUACACAGCCAGACACCUUCACACUCAGAAUCCCAACAGUCCUCUACACAGCCAGACACCUUCACACUCAGAAUUCCAACACUCCUCUACACAGCCAGACACCUUCACACUCAGAAUCCCAACACUCCUCUACACAGCCAGACACCUUCACACUCAGAAUCCCAACACUCCUCUACACAGCCAGACACUUUCACACUCUGAAUCCCAACACUCCUCUACACAGCCAGACACCUUCACACUCAGAAUCCCAACACUCCUCUACACAGCCAGACACCUUCACACUCAGAAUCCCAACAGUCCUCUACACAGCCAGACACCUUCACACUCAGAAUCCCAACGCUCCUCAACACAGCCAGACAUCUUCGCACUCAGAAUCCCAACACUCCUCUACACAGCCAGACACCUUCACACUCAGAAUUCCAACACUCCUCUACACAGCCAGACACCUUCACACUCAGAAUUCCAACACUCCUCCACACGGCCAGACACCUUCACACCCAGAAUCCCAACACUCCUCUACACAGCCAGACACCUUCACACUCAGAAUUCCAACACUCCUCUACACAGCCAGACACCUUCACACUCAGAAUUCCAACACUCCUCUACACAGCCAGACACCUUCACACUCAGAAUCCCAACACUCCUCUACACAGCCAGACACCUUCACACUCAGAAUCCCAACAGUCUUCUACACAGCCAGACACCUUCACACUCAGAAUUCCAACACUCCUCUACAUAGCCAGACACCUUCACACUCAGAAUCCCAACACUCCUCUACACAGCCAGACACCUUCACACUCAGAAUUCCAACACUCCUCUACACAGCCAGACACCUUCACACUCAGAAUUCCAACACUCCUCUACACAGCCAGACACCUUCACACUCAGAAUUCCAACACUCCUCUAGACAGCCAGAAACCUUCACACUCAGAAUCCCAACACUCCUCUACACAGCCAGACACCUUCACACUCAGAAUCCCAACACUCCUCUACACAGCCAGACACCUUCACACUCAGAAUCUGCUUUAUGUAUUCCACAAUAG